AUGAGCUCCAAAAGAUCUGCUGCUGAAUCGGACAGAGAGCUAACAAAUAUGUCUACCCAACGAAACAAGAAGCGAAAAGUGCCGUUUUCGGAAGGGGCUACAUACUCACUUGACCGUGGAUUACGCCCAAGCGACAGUGCUCAUCUGUCAAUUCUAAAAACACUUGUUCGGGAAGUGGUAGAUGAUCCAAGCAUCCUCAGCACUGAACUGGACGUUACAAAGGCCGCGGACAUCGCAAAGGCUGCAUCUGCGCUAAAUGAUGCUUUUCAGCAUUCAAAUGUGGAUUCAUUACCUUCUCAUGAUUUCUCUCGCGCCAUGAUGAAGCAUUCGUCCAGCAACUUUUCUCAAAAGCCUGCCUUACCGCAAAUUCUAGAUAAACAAAUGGAAAAGGCAGUCUUUACACACCCAAGUGCCGAGAAAGCCUUUGGACAAAAUUAUGAUCGCCUAGAAGUGAUGGGUGACGCAUACAUCGAGCUGAUUGCAACGAGAUUGAUCUGGGUGAAGUACCCUAACAUCCCCGCUGGAAGAAUGUCACAGAUACGCGAGAUACUCGUGAAAAAUGAGACACUUGCAGAAUGUUCGCAGCUUUACGGUUUUGAUCGCAGAGCUUCCAUACCGAAGACUUACUUGGACCAACCCAAGCGGCGGACGAAGAUACUGGGCGAUAUUUUCGAAGCUUAUGUCGCUGCAAUCAUACUUUCUAAUUCUUCGGGUGGCUUCCAGAUUGCAGAGGAAUGGCUGACAGAGCUAUGGUUACCGAAGCUGAUCAACGUGACUGAGAAGAGCCCGCAUAAAUACGAACUUCAUUCAAAACAGGAGUUGGCAGCAAAGGUCCUGAUGAAAGGUGUUAAACUGGAUUAUCUCGAGGAGCGUCCUUUUAAGCAGAACAACGAUGGAACACAGCUCCAUUUUAUUGGAGUAUAUCUUACGGGCUAUGGUUGGAAUAAAAAACAUCUCGGAUCUGGCCAAGGUCUCAACAAAGCAGAAGCAGGAGAAGAAGCGGCUUCGAAUGCAUUCGCAAACACAUCGUUGAUGUUAGAGGUUACCAACAAGAAGUCUGCAUCAAUGGCCAAAUAA